AUGUCUGAUGAAGAAGAAGAGAGACAUACAUAUAUAAAGGGUAUUAAAGAGAACUUUCAGAUUCUUGAGAAGAGACUAAGGGAAAUGGAAAGUGACCAAGUAUUUGGUGUUGCCGCUAGGGAUAUAUGCCUAGUAUCCAAUCUUGUAAUUCCUGCGAAAUUCAAGACUCCCGAUUUUGAUAGAUAUGAGGGACAUACAUGUCAUAAGAGCCAUCUUGUUAUGUACUAUGGGAAAAUGGCUUCCCAUGUUGAAGAUGAUAAGCUCAUGAUCCACUUGUUUCAAGACAGCUUGAAGGGCGCCCCCUCUAAGUGGUACCUAAGCCUCGGUCAGAGUCAUAUCCGGCGCUUCCAAGACUUGUCUGAUGCUUUCAUAAAGCAUUACAAAUACAACAUGGAUAUGGCUCCAGACAUAAGAGAAUUCUUGAAUAUGUCUAAAAAAGACAACGAGUCAUUCAAAGAGUAUGCACAAUGCUGGAGAGAGAUGGCCUCUCAGGUUGAACCACCUUUGGUAGAAAAAGAAUUAGCCGAUUGGUUUAUGGAUACUGUACAACCAAUGUUCUAUGAGAGGAUGGUGGGCAGUGUGUCUGCAAGUUUUUCUGACUUGGUAGUUGUAGGCAUUAAAGUUGAACUCAGUUUGAAGAAUGGAAAGAUGAUCAAUGCUGCUGGAACUUAUAAUAACAACAAUGCUAAGAAAUUUCUUGGAAAUUUUCAGAAAAAAAGGAAGGAGAAACGAAUGUUGUAUCAUCUAGUCGAGGAAGGAGUCAAUCAUGGAGAAAGCAACAACGACAGUUCACUCAACAAUAACCAGCAUACCCUGUGCAGUAUGUUCAACAACCAUAUGUGGCAGUAA